AUGGCGGCCGAUCUUUACCAACAGUUAACCGCGCCAAACGGCCACAAGUACGACCAACCACUGGGUCUCUUUAUCGACAAUGAAUGGCGUCCUGCUAAAUCUAACGAAUUUAUUACUGUCGUGAACCCCACCGACGAGACAGAAAUCGUCAAGGUCCAUGCAGGAGGCGCCGAUGACAUUGAUGAUGCAGUCAAGGCUGCUCGUAGAGCUCUGAAAGGGCCAUGGUCACAUAUCUCUGGAACUGAACGAGGAGAGAUGAUGAGGAAGCUUGCUGAUCUGGCCGAGAAAGCCACGAACGACCUUGCGACGAUUGACACGUGGAACAAUGGCAAGCGAUUCUCAUCGGCAGCGGGGGACGUUUCCGAGUUGACAGGCGUUCUACGCUAUUAUGCGGGAUUCGCAGAUAAGCUGUACGGGCAAGUCAUCAGCACUACUGAAAAGAAGUUUGCCUACACAUCCGUCGGACCAGUUGGCGUUUGUGGCCAAAUCAUUCCCUGGAAUUACCCGCUAGGAAUGGCGGCAUGGAAGAUGGGUCCUGCGCUCGCAGCCGGCAAUUGCAUCGUUCUGAAGCCAGCUGAGCAGACGCCUCUCUCCGUUCUCUACUUUGCGAAUAUGAUUAAAGAGGCUGGUUUUCCCCCAGGAGUAAUCAACAUCGUCAAUGGCCUCGGUCGCAAGGCUGGCGCAGCAUUGGCUGGACACAUGGACGUGGACAAGAUAGCAUUUACCGGAUCAACGCCCACCGGCCGAGAAAUCGUAAAACUUGCUGCGGGAAACCUCAAGGAGAUAUCCAUCGAAUCAGGCGGAAAAUCUCCCAUCAUCGUGUUUGAAGAUGCCGAGAUGGAACAGGCCGUCAAGUGGAGCCACUACGGCAUCAUGGCCAACCAAGGCCAGAUUUGCACGGCGACGAGCCGUAUCUUGGUCCAUGAGAAGAUUUAUGACGAGUUCGUCAAGAAUUUCACGGCAGAGGUGAAGAAGACGUCCAAGGUCGGCGAUCCAUUUGCGGAGGGGACUUUCCAAGGACCCCAAGUCAGCAAGGCGCAGUACGAGAGAGUGCUUUCAUACAUCGAGACAGGCAAGGCAGAAGGUGCCACUGUUGCCACUGGCGGAAAGCCGUUUACUGAUGUGAACGGCAAGGGCUUCUUCAUUGAGCCAACUGUCUUCACAAACGUGUCAGACGAGAUGACCAUCUACCGCGAAGAAAUCUUCGGACCGUGUGCUGUCAUCAGUCCCUUCUCGACUGAGGAGGAAGCUAUUCGAAGAGCUAAUGAUACUACCUUUGGCCUCGGCGCUGCCCUAUUUACAAGCGAUAUCACACGCGCGCAUACCCUUGCCAAGGAAAUUGAUGCUGGAAUGGUUUGGAUCAACAGCAGCAACGAUUCCGAUUUCCGUAUUCCCUUUGGUGGCGUGAAGCAAUCCGGUAUUGGACGGGAAUUGGGCGAAGCUGGCAUUCGUGCGUAUACGAGCAGCAAGUCGGUUCAUGUCAACAUGGGCAACCGGCUGUAAAUUAGAGACAUGGCCAUCCCGAAAUGUGACCUGCGUGCCAAUGCUAUGAGUCCGUAGUUUAAAAAGCCGUACUUAAAUCACGGUAAAUAGAAUGAUUCCAAG